UCCUUUGGCGAUGUGGUACCAUCUUUACCUUGAACCUCGUGUCUCCAUCUCUACCUAACUCCAGUUAUGUUUUUAUCUCCUCUUGCAAGUCAUGCACAGUGCAUCAUCUUUGGUUUCAACGCAAUAACAACUCCUGAUAUGGUUUUGGUCAAUGUGGGAGAAGGAAGAGCUCCUCCUGACCUUUACAGCAAAAUGUGUGUGCGUAUCUUCCAUUCAAGACUACACCUGGUCUGACAUUAUUUACUGUCCUUCAGAACCUGGGGCAGAUGCUGGUAACUUUCCUGGACGUGUCCUGCAACUCCUUCUGAGCACAUUGCAAUCAUGUUCGUGUGUUAUUGCUCCAAACAAUGGUCAUGCUAAAACUAGGGCAACUAAAGCUGCGGACAAGAGAUGGAACAUGGUGUACACAGUGUUUAACGACUUAAAAGUAAUAUCCUCCACAGGACACAGAGUGAAGUCUCAAGCAUCUGAGCAACCGCAGCUGUUCCGUUUCCGGAGUCAGUGGAGCGGCCGUGGUGUUCUUGAACGCACCCCUCCGUUCUCCCGCGAACUCUCCGCACUCACGCGGAGCCGCGACUUCCUGUUUGUGUGUUGUAGUAACACACGUUUUCAUUGAGAGUGUGUGGCGGCGGCAUCUCCCACGUAUGUGUGGACAGAAGUGGACUGUGCAGCAGCAGCAGUAGUGUGGAGGAGACCAGAGACAACACAGAGGACAUGUCGCGCGGCAUGGAGGAAAACAGUGAUAGUAAUCCAUACAUCGACACCGACUCGGACACAGCAGAGAAGACGGAUGCUACCAUGUGGAGAGUCAAAUGGGCUCAGGAAGAGGAUGAAAAUCUCAAAAUUCUGUUCAGCAAAUUUGGGGACGAAUGGAAAACCAUUGCCACUUUUUUACCCGGGCGGACAGAAAUCCAGUGUAGGCGCCGCUGGCAUCAUCAUCUCAAUCCUGAUAUAGUGAAAGACAACUGGACCAAAGACGAAGAUGAAAAGCUAGCAGAGCUGGUGAGCAUGUACGGCAACAGACAAUGGUCUUUUAUCGCCAAGUGCUUGAAAAGGCGACUGGGGAAAGAUUGUUGUUCUCGCUGGUACAACCACCUUGACCCACUGCUCAGUAAGAACCCCUGGACCAAUGAAGAAGACCUCGUCCUCUACAAAGCCCACUCCAUUCUUGGAAACAAGUGGACGGAGAUCGCCAAGCUGCUGCCUGGAAGGACAAACACCUCUGUGAAGAAUCACUGGCACUUCAACUUGAAACAUAAGGUGGAUCUGGGCUUGUUCAAAUAUGCGGCUGACAGCAUUUCCAUUGAUGUUCAACAGUUUGUGGAAGGAGAGGUGGACUUUAAGUGUGAUGUUGUGUUAGAUGCUGAACCAGUCAGGCUGAACUCCAAACAGGAGGUGGCCGUUCCACCUCCAGAGGCUGUGGCAUCAAGGAGAGAGAUCGCCUCUCCGUGUCCCCUCUUGCCCCCCAGCUCGAGUUCCAGUCCCAGUUCCAACUCAGGUGCUCCACCAGCAGCCAUGCCAGUGGACCAGAAAAAGUUUGUUAAUGCAGCACUGAGGAUGAUUGCUGAAGACAUGCUGCCACUCAGUUUUGUUGAAGGCGCAGGCUUUAGGAAUUUCAUCAGUACCAUUAGCCCUGAAUACAGCAGGCUAUCCCAGCGUGCCAUGGGCCUGCAGCUUUACAAUGAUGUGGAAACAACAAUCAAACCUAAGCUGAUCCGUAACCUUAAAGCCUGCCUUGCAAGCACCAAAGAUGGAGAGAAAGCCAUUCAUGUCACCUAUGACCUUUGGGCUGGGAAUGAAUCCCAACCAGCGGAGGAGCCCGUUGUCGUAGUGCAGCUCCACUUUGUCAGUGAUUCCUGGCAGAUCUGCCGUCCUAUGGUGGCCUUCCGACACCUCAGCCACAAGAACCUCAGUGCCGCCGUGGCCAGAGAGCUCGAAGACGUGCUGCUGAGCUACGGCAUAUUUCCUCGCAGCAUCGGCUACAUCCUCACCACCCAGGCCAAAGAAACCUUGACUGAGAACAAUUUGUUCUGCGACUACAAACUCACAUGCUCAGCCAACAGGGAAGAACCAAAUGGGAAGGAGACAGUGACAUUUUUGUCAAACCAGAUACCAGAAGCCGAGUCCCCAUUUUCAGAUCAGCACAUUGGGACCAGGAUCACCUGUGUGGCCAAAACACUGCAGCUAGUGAUCAAGGAGGCACUGAAGAAUUCCAGAGUGGUGGAGAACCUGCUCUCACAGGUCAACAACAUAGUGGCUUUCUUCAGGAGCAGUGCCUACUGGAGUGAGGUUUUGUUGAGGGAGUGCAACGUGUCUCUGUGCCCAUCUUCCAGUAGUUGUCGCUGGAACUCCAUGAUGCUGUCUUUACGCCGCAUGGUGCAGGAGUCGGCCUGGAGCGCCAUCAUGAUGCUCCUUGCCCAGGCCCGCAUAGAGGCCAGCGACACAGCCAGUGCCCCUCCAUUGGUCAUGGUCAAGAGGGAGCAAGUUAUUGAUAUCCUGAGUCUCCUUGAGCCCUUUGAGGAGGCAUUACAGGUCCUGCAAGGAAAUGGUGUGACCGUGUCUUUAAUCAUACCCUCCCUCGUUGGACUGGAUAAAACCUUGGAGAGCUGUGUCACCAACUACAUCAACUUCAACAAGGCUCUGCGCACGGGCCUCCACAAACACUUUCAAUCUCUAAUUCACCAGAAGGACAUGAUACUCGCAGCUGUGCUUGAGCCUAGGAUCAAAAUGCAGCCAUUUUCUGAUGCCAGACUGGAUGACCAGACAGGUUUCCUGACUCCUCCAACAAAGCACCAGGCUCACACCAUUAUAGAAGCCACAUUAGAAAGCAUUGCGGUCUCAGCAUCUGCCUCUGUGCAAGCAGAUAAAGACCAGAUGAAAAAGGAGUUGAAAAAAGAGCCAGAUGACCAAGAGAAAAACCAAACCAACACAAUAAUGGAGGCAUCAGGUGCCAGCAAAGAUGAAAACAGCUGCGAUGAAGUCAGUGGAAAUGAACUCAAGCGCAAGUCCAUCUUCAACUUCCUCCAGCCACCUGCAAAGACCAUGAAGAUGUCUGAGCUUGAUGUGUACCUGGCUGAACCACUUUUGGAGUGCAACUCCAGUCUACUGUUUUGGAAAUCUGCUGCUCGGUUUCCUGGGCUGCAGGGCAUCGCCAAGAAGCUACUGGCAGUACCGGCCACCUCAAGCGGCUUCGACAGACUCUGGCCAAUGGCUGCAUCUAUUAUACGAGCCAAGAGAAACUGCCUGUCACCUCACACCACAGAGAGACUGCUUCUAUAUAAGAACUCCUUAAAGACAAAGACUGUUAAAAAGCCAAAAUGUAAACCAGUGGCCGACUGUCAGAGCUCUGAGUAUGGGCUCAGAUGAUUGCAAGUAAAAAGCAGCAUAUUUCUGCUUUCACAAAGCAAUUAACCUUUAUUGUUAAAACAGAAUUUGAUAGACUUGUGAAACUGUAUUCCCAACUUUGAUUGAUGCAUAAAGACGGAUCAGGAGAGGGGAGUGAACAGGGAUUUGCGUUUUCCAGCUUUUUCAGUUCAAACUGAAAUCAGUUCCACUGAAGAUCUCAUGCUGUCACAAAGGAGGAGAUGAAAAAAAAGUUAUCUGAAUCCUGAUGUGUAAAAUCUGAAGUUGUCUGUCUCUCACUGGUUAUAUUUAAAAAAACCACACAAUUCUACCUUAAUACCAUCAAAGUAAUUGUAAAGGUGCUUAAAUCAGAUGUGCAAGAACACUGUUUAUCUUGAUGGAGAAAUGUUCUCUGCUCUCUUCAGCAGGUCAGUCAGAGUUUAACGUUUGUAAAAGUUUUAAUUAGUUGUACUGUGUUGGUUCAUGACAGUAAACUGAAUGAGAAUGCACCUUUUUCCUGCUGUUUUUGUAAAGAUCUUGUUUGUUUUAUUUGUAUUUUACAGUUUGUUCAUCUUUCAUUUUUAUUGGCCGUCGUGUCGAUGUGCAGCAAUGAAUUGUUCUCAAGAUGCAAAUGAAUUUCAGUCAUCCACAUGGAAGUACCCAGGGAAUGUUCAUAUAUGAUAAAAUAAAGACAUUUUUCUCUA